AUGCAACAGGCGAUCCGAGCCUCGCUUCCCGCGAGGGGCCUCACGGCCACGACACGUAGGAGCAAUGUCCCGCGUCUUACGCGCCCAACGGGCAUCGUCGCGCCCAGGCGCAUCGGUGGCCCGCCCCUGAGGCCCGUCCCGCUGCAGCCCACCUUCGCGGCCAGCGGCGCCGUGCCCGCGGGCUCAGGCGACGAGGGCAAGGUCGUCAGGCCCCCUCCGGAUGACUCGACGUUCCUCGGCAUGCCCCACCGCUGGCAGGUCGUCGCGUUCAUGGCGCUGGCCUUCAUCCUGUGCAACAUGGACAAGGUCAACAUGUCGGUCGCCGUCAUCCCGAUGGCCGAGGAGCUCGGGUGGUCGGCCACGGAGCGCGGCCUGGUGUCGUCCGCCUUCUUCUGGGGGUACACGCUCACGCAGACGCCCGCGGGGUACCUCUGCUCGAAAAUCGGCGGCAUCAAGGUCCUCCUCGCCGGCGUCGUCCUCUGGUCGCUCGGCACCGCGGUCGCCCCGCCCCUGGCCAAGAUGGGCAUCCUCUGGCUCUGCGCCUCCCGGUUCUUCGUCGGCCUCGGCGAGGGCCUCGCGCCCUCCUCCGUGACCUCCGUCAUGGCCAACAAGGUCCCCCAGGGCGAGCGCUCGCGCGCCGUCGCCACUGUGUUCGGCGGCCUCGACGUGGGCUCCGCCGUCGGCCUCCUCCUCUGCGGGCCGCUCAUCCGCCUCUACGGCUGGCCCAUCGUGUUCUACACCUUCGCCGUCCUCGGCCUCGUCUGGGCCGCGCUCUUCCCGCUCAUCAAGCCCGAGGCGGCCAUCGACUCGGAGGAGCAGAAGCAGGCCGAGAUCGCCGAGGCGGCCGCCGCCAAGUCGGGCCCGCAGAAGCUGCCGUACGGCAAGUUCCUGACGUCGCUGCCGGUCCUCGCGAUCACCGUCGCGCACUUCUGCUUCAACUGGGGGUACUAUAUCCUCCUGGCGUGGCUGCCGUCAUACUUCGACAUGGCGCUCGGGCUCGACGUGGCCAACUCGUCGGUGCUCACGCUCAUCCCGUACAUCGCCAUGGCCGGCAUGACGCCGCUCGUGGGCCCGAUCGCGGACUCCCUGGUGAACAAGGGGUGGGGCCUGACCACGGUGCGCAAGCUGGCGCAGGGCAUCUCCUUCGCGGGCCCCGCGAUCUGCAUGGUGUUCCUCGCGAAGCUCACGCCCGCGACGCCCGCGGCCGCGAGCCCCGGGCUGAUCACGCUGCUCGUCGCGCUGAUGUCGCUCGCGUUUGCGCUCUCGGCGUGGGCGCGCGCGGGGCUGUACUGCAACCACCAGGACAUCUCCCCGCGGUACGCCAGCGCGCUGCUCGGCAUCACGAACACCGCCGGCGCGCUCCCGGGCGUCCUCGGCGUGCUCCUGACCGGCCACCUCCUCGACAAGACGGGCGGCUCGUUCGCCCAGGCAAUCUUCUACCCCGCGAUCGGCGUGCAAAUUUUCGGCCUCAUCUUCUACACCCUGUUCGCGUCGUCGGAGCGGCAGCCCUGGAGCUGA